CUCAACCAAGGGGAAGCAACUCCGGUUGGAGAAAACGUCUGACGAUCUUCUUUCCCUCCUCACCCCAUUCGCAUUACUGGUCACUCCCCGAUCUCGCUUUGAAAGCAAAGAGACACGCAAAAUAAGAGGAACAAUACUCUCCCUCCUUGUGAUAACGUACGUGGAGAGUGACAGGACAUAACGGGUGUUCCGGACAUAAAAUCUAGCCAUAUAUAUCUCUCUCUCAUAAUCUUCCUUUUCGCUUAUCAGAUCUUACCUCACACACCCCCCAAACAAACAUGAUCGACGACACUCUCAAGCGCCCUGCAUCAUCAGACUAUACCGCCUCACAUCCCGUUAAAUCACAAAAGAUCAACAACGACAACAUGCCUUCCGCGGUAUCAACUGGCUCCAACAUUGUUGGCGGAAACUCGGCAGCUCGCCCCCGGUUGAGCAAGCCGCUCGUCUACUCCGGUUCUCUGGACAAGUACAAGAACGCAGACAUCACCCCUGUCAUUGGACGCGAGUAUGAGGGCCUGCAGGUCGUUGACCUCCUCAAGGCGGACGACCAGGUCAUUAGAGAUUUGGCCGUCACAAUUUCUCAGCGUGGCGUUGUCUUCUUGAGAGACCAGGAUGUCACACCCAACCAAAUGAAGGAUUUCUGCCUUCGUCUCACAGAGCUCGCCGGAUGUCCCGAAUCAUCAGGCCUCCACAUCCACCCCCUGACAGAGGAAGGCAGCGAGCUCGGUGACCAAAUCAGCGUCAUCAGCAGCGAGAAGCAGAAGAAGGGCGGCGGCCUCACCCACCAACUGAGCGAUGUCAGCCGCUUCGCCAGCGCCGGCUGGCACACCGAUAUCUCUUUCGAGCAGGUCCCCUCGGACUACGCAAUGCUCAAGAUCCACACCCUUCCCACCACCGGUGGUGACACUCUGUGGGCUUCUGGAUAUGAGAUCUACGACAGACUCUCCCCUGCCAUGCAGAAGUUCCUCGAAGGGCUGACGGCCACCCACGACGCCACAUUCUUCCACGAGGAGGCCCGAAGGCUGGGUAACCCCCUCCGAGAAGGUCUCCGAGGCUCGCCGCUGAACAAGGGCUCCGAGCUCAAGUCCAUCCACCCCGUAAUCCGUACCAACCCCGUAACGGGAUGGAAGUCCGUCUACGUGAACAAGGGCUUCACCAAGCGCAUCAACGGCGUCACAAAGGACGAGUCCGACGUCCUCUUGAACUACCUCUUCAACCUCGUCACCCAGAACCACGACGCCCAGGUCCGCUUCAAGUGGCGCGUCAAUGACCUCGCCAUCUGGGACAACAGGAGCAUGUGGCACUGCGCGACCUACGACUACGUCGAGGCCAGGGCGGGUGACCGCGUCGCGUCGUUGGGUGAGGCGCCGUACCUCGAUUUGAACAGCACGGGCAGACGGGAGGCGUUGGGAUUGUGAAGAAAAGAAGUUUUGAUGAAAUUAGGUAAGAAGAAUUGUCUACGAAUGGCGUUGGGUUUGGUAGUUUUGAUGAACUUGGUAUCCUUGGGCCUUUGACGAGUUGAAAGUUAUUCAACAUUGCAUGUAAGACACAUGACAAAAUGACAUGAUAU